GUUAUGAAGUUCGCUUGUUGAAGGAGUGGGGCUUGCUCAUUGUUACAUUGUACUAUCGUAACUAGUAAAUAGUUAACUGGAAUUAUACCGCCUGACCUAGUGUGAAGCGAUGCCUGCAAGCGACGGAAACGGAAAUAAAUCAGAUUUAGAUAUUACUUCAGCAUUUGCAUGGCAUCGUCUUAACGCUACCCCAGAGAAAGAAAGGUUUGCUGUCGAAUCUGCAAGAAGAGAAUGGGACGGAAUUGCCACAGUGGAACCGAUGUAUCAACUCAAUAUGUAUCCUUUGUCCCAUUUGACGUUCCAGCAAGCAUUAACGUACUUUCAACGGCUCUGUUCAGCUCAGAAGACGGAAAAUGUGAUUGUAGAAGUGGAGAGAAAAGGACUGUGCACACUUUUGUCUUGCUUGGUUGGUCCUCCACAACUGGAUGAACAUCUCAGCUCAGAGAGAGAUUUGGUGUUUGCCAUUUCAAAAUGUAAACUGGAUGUCAGAGAUGCAACACAUAUAAGAAUUCUUCAGACCGUUUAUUACAGAUUUACUGGUGCAAAUUUGGGCUGCCCAUGCUAUGGGGUGCACUGGGAGCAUAUAGGUUUUCAGGGCAGUGAUCCGGGCUCAGAUCUACGAGGUGUCGGGAUGCUGGGGAUGCUACAAUUGCUCUAUCUCAGUAGCAAUCCCAAAUUGUCAUCACUGGCACGCCACAUUUAUAGAGUGUCUACAGAUACAACUCAUAGCUUUCCUCUUGCUGUACUGAGUUUCAACCUGACACGGGUAGCCUUGCAAGCUUUACGGCAUGGACAGCUUAACAGGGAAUGCAAUGAACGCCAACAGGUCUUUGAUGUGGUUAAUGAAUUUUAUGCUGCUAUUUUUUUCCAUCUGCUUCAAGUGUGGACCACGCAACAUAAGACCAUAAAGGACUCAGGAUUUGUGCUGAAAGAUGUUGAAUGGUUCUGCAGAAGCAAUGUUCGCUUAGUGCUGAAGAACCUACAGGCUCAUGUCAAAGCAGCUUCAGAAUCAUCCAUUGAGAAGCUGAGUUAUUUGGAAAGCUUCCAUGACUUACGAAGCCAGGCAAAAACUGAAGUAUUCAUUUAAAACUUCAAUUUUUAUGUAACAGUUAUAUAAACAGUUUUCAGUAUUAAAAUAUGUUGGUCUCAAAAAACAGGUUGUACUCACGUAACAUUGAAGAUUGUACUGGCCUACAUCUACACUAAUAAAAUUUUUUACACCAUUA